GCUCACAACAGUCCUCUCGUGCUGCUGCUGUACAGUAAUCAUAUGAUAGAGUCGAUCCCCGCUGCAGAAUACCUACACACCGGGCGGACACAAGCGGAGGAGCCGGGGCGGAGGAGACUAGUUGAUAGUAGAUUUGUAGCUGCCGAACAAGUGCGCGGAGUCGGUUAAAGUGCCAAACAAGAGCCAAACUCCCCCCUUAACGGAACUUUUUCAAACUCUGGAGAGAGUCGAGCUGAGGGGGGACCGUUUUGGGAGAAGACAGGACUCACUACCCCGAAGGACAGUCGAUUGAACCGGACCAGAAAGUUGAGUUUUAUCCGCUUGCUAGAGAGGCGGUCACCUGGUCGCGGGUGGUGGAAUCCCCAGGGAUCUUCGAAUCGUGUUUUGGGGCGUUUUUAUUAACAAAAUCAUAAGUUUUUCUACUAGAUAGGUCACUUGAAUCAAAAGCCAUGGUUGGGGAGACAGAGGUGAAGGAGAGACCCAAGUCCAAUCCGGACUAUCUAAUGCAGCUGAUGAACGACAGGAAGGUGAUGAGCUCCCUGCCCAACUUCAGCGGCAUCUUCACGCAUCUGGAGCGGCUGCUGGAUGAAGAAAUUGGCAGGGUGCGCAAAGACAUGUACAACGACACACUGAACGGCGGUAUGUUCAACGGGCGGGACAUGGAGGAGCUUCCUGAAGCCAUCGGCCCCGUGGCUCAGCUGCAGGAGAAGCUCUACGUGCCUGUCAAAGAGUACCCCGAUUUCAACUUCGUAGGGAGGAUCCUGGGCCCACGUGGACUGACAGCCAAACAACUGGAGGCAGAAACCGGCUGCAAAAUUAUGGUGCGAGGAAAGGGCUCCAUGAGAGACAAAAAGAAGUCCAUCUGUCUUCCCUUCCUCUCCCCUGGUGUCUGCUGUUGGAUGGAGUCAGCUCAAGCUUUCCAAACGGAGGAGAUGAACCGAGGGAAGCCCAACUGGGAGCACCUCAACGAGGACCUCCACGUCCUGAUCACCGUCGAGGACACACACAACCGCGCCAAGAUUAAACUCCAGCGGGCCAUCAACGAGGUCAAGAAACUUCUUGUGCCCGCUGCUGAGGGAGAGGACAACCUGAAGAAAAUGCAGUUGAUGGAGCUGGCCAUUCUCAAUGGGACCUACAGAGACGCCAAUGUCAAGACGCCGACCGCCGCCUUCCCUCUAGCGACCCCUCAGGCACCUCGGAUCAUCACAGGCCCGACGCCCGUCCUGCCCCCCACCCUGCGCAACCCCGCCCCUGUCACCACACCCACCCUCAUGCCUCUGAUCCGUCAGAUCCAGAGCUCCACCCUUGUGCCAGGAGCCAAUCCACAUCCAGCUCUAGUGCAGCAAGGGCCCGAAUCUGGAAUCAUCUACACACCGUACGAGUAUCCCUACACACUCACGCCUUCUAUAUUGGAGUACCCGAUUGACUCAACUGGAGUAUUAGGUAUGGCUUUCCCAACCAAAGGCUAAGCGAUAGCAACCCUUCCUAGCACACACAUGGACUGGCUUGCAGAGAACCCCUCCCUCCCCCCUUCCCUUUCACUCCACACACACCCGUACAUACUCAACCCUCAGAGCAAACAGUCAGUUUGAUUAAACUUUAGGAUGACAGAUUCCUCGACAGUCGUUCUGUAGUCAAGUGUCCAUUCCUGUUAAUUUCCUCUUUGUAAUAGCAGACUAGUGUUGUGAUGUGACAGCUAUUUAACUUUUUUUAAUAAUUCAGCUUCCGCUUGUAAUUCUUAACAUUUUAGUGAACCCAUAGAUAUUUUAGAGCUGCUGUUUGCGAUUUAACAUAUGGUUAAGCUUAUUUUGAUCACAGGGCUAUAGAGUGAUUUGGCUUACAGCUGAUGUUGAAUCUACUAGAAAAGCUUAGUUUGAAAUUAGCAGUUUGGAUUAAUAUUUUCUGUAGAGAACAGAAGACCACAAAACAACAUAAAUUCUAUCUCUUAGAAGUGAGAUGGUUUUAUACUUAUUUUCACCCUCAGCCUUGAACACUUUGUAAAUUCCUGGUUUCGCUGAUGUUGGUGCCAUGGGUGGACUGUCUGAUGUCUUUCUGAUGAGUAACCUUCUGUGUUCUGUUUUGGGAAUGUCAAUGGCUGUUAGCAGGUGCCAUGACCACUAAGGUACGACGCCACGACAAGAGAAUCCAUCCUUACCAAAGGGUAGUGACCACAGACAGAGGUUAGUUAGCUCACCAGCCACUUUAUGUGUAUGUGUAUAUGUGUGUGUUAGUGUGGAUGCAUGCAGACCAAUGGACCAAUUUCAGUUUACAUGUGUCUGUAAUAUGGCAUGCCUUAAAAAAAAAGAAAUAACUGUAUCAGGCGGAAAGGUCACAGGCUGAAGCAGCCACGGUGUGAAAAUGUGAAACAGUAUUUGUGGCAGUAAAAGUGGGGAGGAGCCCCGUUCGGGGUGGCAGCCGAAGCGGUUAUCUUUACUCGCCUAUUAACUUAAACUGGACGGCUCGCAGGACCCUCUCAAUUAGAAUGGAUCGCUCCGUUCAUGUGACUCGGUCCUUGUGACUCUGGAGUCCUUUCUCAGAAACUUUAUGUCGCUGUUUAUCUCCUCAGUACUACUUCUGACCACAUAAAAAAACUGUGGGAAGUUUUAUUUAUACUCAGCUUCAUUCCACUAGAUUUCUACUUUUUUUUCUUAUAUAUAUAUAUCUAUACAUAUCUAUAUAUGUAUAGAUAUAUAUGCCCACUUAUCACAUGACACUCAAAGUAAAACAGUGAUUGUCUUUUUCUAAAGAUCAUUCAAUUCAUCAUGGUCUUUAGGUUUUACUACUAAAACACAGCGUGUGAUAACUACUGAAGUCUGUGUUACAAGCUCUUUUGUAUGAAAUACUGUUGUUUGUGGUCUUAUCAGUCGCCCACUGGACUUUAUCAUUGGGGCUGUUUACAUCUUUCAUUUAUUUCCUAGCCAGAGUGGUGCUGUUGCCAUGUAUUUAGCUGCAAAAUAAAUUUGUAUAUAGGGAUUUUAAGAAUUUUAAGUGCUUAUAUGGAGCUUAUGGAACAAGAUUGCUUGGAAAUACUUGUAGUUUUUUUUGUUUUUUUGUUUUUAGUUUGUAAAUUUUUAUUUUUGUUUUUAUGAUAUGCUUUUUAUAGAUGAAGUGUGUCCAUGUCAACUUCAUUUAAAGUGUGUAGCUACUACUGUUUUAGUCACCAUGAAGGUGGCAAUGAAGGCAGUGUUUUUGCUCUGUGUAUUUAAGAUGAGGUGACCCUCUCAAUUCACAGGCCUCAUGACUGUUAUAUGCAAUAGAAAUGGACUAGCUAGCUACAAUAUAUGUGUGUGAGCAGUGGUGCUCUUGUUGUACACAAUGGACAAAAAAAACACUAAAAGGCAAUAAAGAUGAGUAUUGAAAGAAA